UCAGCAUCCUUCAGCGCGCAGCAUCCAACAACGGCCUGGACCGAGGACGACGCGUACCGUAGACAUGUAGCCAUGAAUCAUCCUCAUUAUAUCAGCUAAACGAAGGACGUCGACAUUUAUUGUUCAUUCCACAGCUGUUACCCGGAUCGCAGCGCGCCCAACCCUCAAAAUGGCUGAGAUCACUGACAUACGCGCGGCGUACGAUAUGUCCCCAGUGCUGGCGGGGUUUAUCGGUGCCGGUGUGUUGGUCGUUGUAGUCAUUGCAUUGAUCUUUGUUUGGACUUGCUGUCAGAAACAUUACAAUAGGACGAACUACAAGCUUCAUGGAAUCCAAUCGGAACAUAGUGAUCCACUCACAGACCCACCAUACAGGUUUAUUCACAUGCUGAAAGGAAUCAGCAUCUACCCUGAAACGCUUACCAGCAGCAAGAGGAUCAUACGAGUGGCACGCCAGGCCAGAUCCCAGACCACCGAUGGGGCGCAAAGCAACAAGGGCCACCCAGUGGUGCUGGUAGAUAUGGAUUCAGCAGCAGAAAGCGGCCUGCUGGGAGAAAAACAGAUGCAGAUGAGGCUCGGAGAAAGUGGCCAUGAGGUUCACAAACUGGAGAGGGAACUUCCUGUGCGUGCGGAUUACUGCUGCCUGGACAGCAGCUCUGCCAGCAGCAGUCAGACCUCCAGUACGACGGCUUCCAGCACGGCUACACCCUUCACCCCCGCGGAAGAGCCCAGCCGAGGAGAUCUCAGCAUUGCGGUCGACUAUAACUUCCCCAAGAAGGCCUUGGUGGUCACCAUCCUGGAGGCUCGGGGGUUACCGGCCGUAGAAGGUCACGCGGGCAGCGCAGACCCCUACGUGAAGAUGACCAUUCUCCCCGAGAAGAAACAUCGUGUUAAGACUCGGGUCCUGAGGAAGACCCUGGAACCUGCGUUUGAUGAGACCUUCACAUUUUAUGGCGUGCCGUACAGCUCCUUGUCGGAUCUCACUCUGCACUUCCUGGUGCUGAGCUUUGACCGGUUCUCACGAGACGAUGUCAUCGGGGAGGCCAUGGUUCCUCUGGCAGGUGUGGAUCCGAGUACAGGCCGGGUCCAUAUUACGCAACAGAUCACAAAGAGGAGUAUGCAGUGCGUGAGCCGUGGAGAGCUGCUGGUCUCUCUUUCCUAUCAGCCUGUUUCUCACAGACUGAGCGUGGUGGUGUUAAAAGCAAAGCACCUUCCAAAAUUGGACAUCACCGGCCUAUCUGGAAAUCCAUAUGUGAAGUUGAAUGUAUUCUAUGGCCACAAGCGUAUUGCCAAGAAGAAAACACAUGUGAAGAAAUGCACGCUCAAUCCAGUCUUUAACGAAUCCUUCAUCUAUGACGUGCCAGCUGAGUUGUUGCCAGAUAUCUCUAUUGAGUUCCUGGUCAUGGACUUUGACCGCACUACUAAAAACCAGGCCUUGGGACGCCUGGUACUCGGCGCAAACAGCGCCUGCCCCUCAGGGGCCGCCCACUGGCAGGAGGUCUGCCAAAACCCACGGCGCCAAAUCUCAAAGUGGCAUACGCUCAAUGAAUAUUAGAGCCCCACCACAAUCUCUCUCUGCACACACGCUCAAACACAGGCACAUAGGAAACAUUCAAUAACGAGAAAGAGAGAGAGAGAGAGUUCUGGGAAAAGAUGCCUUUUUGUUACCGUCACUACAUGGAAGGUAACUGAUUAUCAGGAGGACUCAAAAAAAAGGACUUAAGCCAACUUUUACUUCAUUGCUAAGGUGAUGAUGAGGCCUCGGAAAUGAAUCUUUUUAAAGUACAUAUUUACUUUCUCACUCAUUUGCUCACACAUUCACACAUACGCCUGAUCACAAACAUACAAUGAGAAAUAAUAAACGAGACCAAAAUAACAAAAAAAACCUAUUGACUGUUAGGAAUUUACGAGGUUUGAGAUUCUAUAAUUGUCCUAAAACAUAAAGCAUGUCUUGAAGCUCCAUAUUUCACUUCAACAGGACACUGUGUGGAUUUGUGAUGCUGGCGCACAUUAAACAGGCUCUUUUUUUUUUGCGGCAUUUGAGCUCCAGAAGGUUGUGGAAGGAGCUUGUGAUAAGCAUCUACUGAAAUGCACUGAUUCUCCACUGUGUGAGAACUGCACUGAAGUGAUACAGAGGCUGUAUGAUCUACAGUACGCAGAAGUAUAAAUUGUUCUGUCAUGCUUUGGUUGGAGAUGUUUUGGAGAUUCCUGCUGUGUCACAUUCUCCACAGCUGCAAGUUGAGUCAUGUGAUUGUACAACAAUAUCUCUAUUAGGCAGCACUCUGGGCCCGAUUUAUUGCUUGUGCGCUGAUUUCAUCAUGCACUUUGAAUAAAUCCGGCCCUGAAAAACUUAAUCUGCACUGCUAUGCUACAAACGCACUCUGAAUGUCACUGUCUGGUUGAAUUUUAUACACCAGAGCUUCACUUCACAUAAAACAGUGGCUCACUGUUUUUCGUAGAUUUGUAGAUGUCAUCAGAUGGCUUUUUCAAGGUGGAUUGGAUUCAUUUUUGUUUUAAAUCCUGUGUGAUAUAGAGAUAGAAAAAGAGGUAUGUGCGUAGUUUAGAGCUGGAAAGCUCUGGUAUAUUACGGGGGAAAGGAUAUGUAGCGUUUUAUCAUUUGUAGUUCAUAAAGUCAAGGGGUAAGAUGUUCAUGUAAUUGUAUCAAUAACAGUCUGUUCUUCUAGCAUACCUCCUUCACAUCUCUCCUUUGUGAUGAGCUGUAAAGUCAUGGUUUGCCAGUGUGCCUGCCGAAACCUGGGCCUUUAUUUCUGAUUGGUGCUCCUCGCUGUUAAGUCUGAGUUGUGAAUCUGGCAUAGAUCGUACUGUGUUUCAUGUUGCAUUAUCAUUAAGAUUGGGAAUCAAAGAUUAGUAGGAAAAAAUUGGAAACAAAUGGCAUUUUUCUUCAUUAACGAUUAUUUUUUGUUAACAUUGUAUUAAAAUAUUCUGACAGUUUCCUUGUUUUUACAAUUCAUACACAAUAUACUCAGCAGAAUUUACAAAAUGAAUCAUAUAGUGAGCCUAGUGUACUCCAGUUACACAAUAAAUGGCCGGUGUAGUAUGAAUUUUAACCAAACAGUCCAAUAUUUUUAAUGAAUCUAAAACAUGCAGUGUAGUGUAACACCCCCAAAAAAGUAAAUACACAACACAACUACAGCACACACUCUUAAAAAUAAAGGUUCUUUAUUGGCAUCGGUGGUUCCAUGGGGAUACUUUAACUUUAAUUCCUUCGAUUUUUUGUUUUUAGAAAUGUUCACCAAAAAUAGUUCUUAUAUUGCAUUGCUGCAGUGUGCUUUGUUAUUAGUAUUUCAUAAAUAUUAAUAAAUACAAUUGAAACCAAAACCUUUACAUUAUUCAAACUUUUCAUCCCAAGCAGGAAAUAUUCAGGAGAUCCAGCAGAGCAAGCAUAAAAACUGAUCUGGGAGACACACAAUUCCACAUACAUUCCUAAACAUACAUCCAAACAGUCCUGGUCAAUCAUCUUCAAGCGGUCAGCUGGUUUUAUGGUACAUGGUUUGUUUGUCAUAGAUAUGUUAAGAUUCUAAAUUGUAAAUCUGAAUGGGAAAAAAACGCUUCUUUCCAUUCAAGCUUCUUACGUGCUUAAGCCACUUCUGUAUAAAAGCGCACCCUAUCCACCCAGUAAUGUCCUUCGUAGAAAAUACUUUUUUGUGUUGGAUCACUGGUAUGACAAAACGGAAAGAUGUUAAAAGAUUCAGUUCCAUGUGACAAACAACACACAGGAGAAAAAACAACAACAAUAGAUUAAAAAAGUAUUUAAAAACAAUCAUAUGUGACCUAUACACAAUCACUUUGGUGUUCAAAAAUUAAUUGGCAGGAAAAAUGUUGUAUUAGUGCAAACUGAAAAAAAAUCUUGUGAAUAUUUGACAUAUACUGUACUGCAAAAUGCUGUGAGAGCUCUGCUGAUGUUACAAACCCACCUGUAUGUUAGUGUUCUUAACACCCACUGAAUGUGCAAAAUAAACGUGAUACACAACUGAA